AUUUGCGACGUCAAUCAGUUACCAUUCUGUCGUUAGUAAUCAGUGCUUGACAGAAAUUUCUGUAAAAUGACGCCGUUUAAUGUAGCAAACGUAAUAAACAUGUUAGCUACUACGUUUCAAAUUGCGAGUAUAACACAGACACCUAUAACACCAGUGGAAAUUGAAGUACAUAACGAAAUUAAAAAUAUUUUACAAAAAGCUCAGGACACACGUUCAGUGAUAUUGAUAGAUCAUGAUUACGUGCUUGAUUUUGAAGAUCCGUCGGAGCCACAUUCCACGCAAGUUGUAGAACAUAUUACGCCUGCAGAAGAAGAAGAAGAUGAAGGCAGUUUCGAACCUGAAGAAUGCGUUGUUGAUGAUGAAGGAGGCAUAGUCGACUUCAGUUAUAAGAGAAAAGCUGUGGAGUUUUGGAAAAGUGGAAAAAAGGCCUGUAGAACUUUAAGUGCAGUACAACACAAAUUCCGCAAGGUUAAAUCUUAUCAUCAACUAUACAGGUGGGAGACAAGUUUAGAAAAAGGUGGAACAAAUGCAGAUAAAUUUGCAUUUAUUGCGGAAUAUGUACUGCACAAGUUUCAAGAAGCUUGUGAUAGAAAAUCAAUCAUUCAUGAUAUGAAUUUAAGAUUAUGGGCCUUGGAGGCAAAGGAUCAAGUGGAUCUACCCGAAUUCAGGGCAAGUAAAUGGUGGAUUUGGAAGUUUAAAAAAGUACACGGAAUUGUUUCUCGAAAAAUAACCGCAUUCCGAACGCAAUUUACAUUUAAAGAUCAAGAAAAUAUACAAAAUGUCGCAAAAGAAUUUGUUUCAAAUGUAAAGUCCAAGAUCCCAGCUAUAGGACUAGAAGAAGUUUAUAAUGCAGACGAGAGUGGCUUCAACCUUGAAAUACAUUCUGGGCGAACAUUAGCGAAAUCAGGAGUGAAAAUAAUUGAGGCAGCAGUUCAAAGUAUAUCUUCAACAACACAUAGUUAUACUAUAAUGCCUCUUAUUUCGGCAAGUGGAAAUCUUCUUUCACCACUGUACAUCGUUUUGAAGGAGUCUACAGGAACAUUUGGACCGAGGGUGGAAGAAACUCUAUUUCGUCCAGUUAACAUAUACAUCCAGGCUUCAAAAUCAGGAAAACUCACUGCAGAACAUUUCAAAACUUGGUUCACCGAAGUAUAUCUACCGAAUACUGGCAGUAAAAGUAUGCUUCUACUUGACUCAUGGACGAGACACUGCCCGAGCCAGCUAGAGCAACAUGUACCACAAGGUAAAGAAGUUACAUUUUUAACCAUUCCAAAGAAGACGACGGGUAUCAUUCAGCCUCUAGAUGUCUUUGGAUUCCGAAUUUGGAAAAAUUUUGUGCGAACAUUUUCAGAUAAUGUCAUUCUUCAAGAGGAAGAUAUUAAUUUGCACUCCCGUAAUGAAAUAAUUAAAUUACAAUCAUUAACUCACAAUCAACUAUCUUCACCUAGAUUUAAAAACCUUUUUAAAUAUUCGUGGUUUAAAAGCGGAUAUGUAGAAACGCGUCCCGACCACUUUCAAAACCCUGUAGAAUAUUGUUAUUUUAAAACUGAAAAGCAUGUGCCAAAAUGUAGUAUCUGUGGAAAGGCCGCAUUUAUGCGUUGUGCAUGGUGUGGCGAAUAUUUUUGUUUCAAACAUUUUUACGAAGACUAUCAUUACUGUAGCACAUAUAAUCCGUAAUUUUCAUGUAAAUAUAUGUAAAUAUAUAUAAAAACUAUGUGAUAGUUAUAUAUAAUAAUUGCACACAACUUUCUGUAAUCAUUAUAUAAUUGUUAAAAAUGUAAAAGGUAAAAUAUUUAUAAAGUGUGUAGAGAUGUAUAUAGGUAGAGAAUAGGAAGAUGAAGAAUAGGUAGCAAGCGCGUAGAAUUGUGUGAAUGGAUGCAUGAAUUUUAGAGUAAUAUUGUAAACCAAGACUCCUUCUUGACAAUCUUUUGUAAGCUGAAGAGAAAUAUUGUAUAUCUAUCUAUACAUAUAUCACUGUAAACAAUUA